AAGCAACUUGCCGCCCCUCUGUGGGCGGGGUUGCACACUGGCUGUCUCUAUCAAGGCCACACAGAAACCUAUUGGGAAUCUCUGUAGAAACAAACGCAAAUGACAAGCCGCAAAGGGCAGAGGCUGCUCACCGGCCCGUCUCCUCUCACGACUGCUGCUCUGGGGACCACCUCUCGGCUCUCCACUGCUACCUCUCUAGCCUGUGGCCUGCUCCUGGUUGAAGAAGCCAUCAAUCAAAAUGAAUACCACUCUGGAAAUCUUGGGUGGCCUGACCUGAUAUUUUCGCAUAGUGGCCACAGAUAUUUUAGGCCCCCAAGAGGUAGUCUUACUCUUUCAAUUUUACUGGCUCCACUGUUUGAGGAACUUGGAACAAUUUCCCCAGGGACUGGUCUGGAGAGACAGGAUCUCACUAUGUUGACCAGGCUGGUCUCGAACUCUUGGACUCAAGUGAUCCUCCUGCCUUGGCCUCCGAAAGUGCUGGGGUUACAGGAAUUAGCCUCCUUACUGUCAGACCAGCCGCAGAACUUUCUCCCACUUAUCCCUUAGAUGUCAACCACCCACACUUCAAAUCACCCUGGAGACUGAUGUGACUGGGAUGAUUUGACUGCAUGUAGGUUAGAGCUGCCUCCAGGCAACUUGUGGGGCCAAGGCUUUGUGGCUAAAAGGAAGUGAGCAUUAACACAUCACUUAGAACAGCAAAGAGCAUCAUCUGAAAAUCAUCAUCUGAAAGAUCAUCAUCAGAAGAGCUGUGAAUAUCACUGAUUUGAUAAUUGGGUAUUUUUGGUAAAACACACACACACACACACACACACACACACACAUACACACACAUAUAUACACACAGCCCUGCUUUUAUGAGAAUUGCACUUAAAUUGAUGUGGGUGGAGGUUUUACUGAACUGAGCAAUUCUUAACCUUUGGAGUAUAACACCUAGUCUCCCAAUUCCUGUCCUGAACAGCAUGCCUAAUACAGUAUUUUAAAAUUAGAGAUAAUUAAAUUUGAUUUUGUUUCAAUAAUUAUUUUGACAGUUUUAAGAUACCUUUUGGGAUUGUUUGUACCAUUGCAGUCUUUUUCAAAUCCAAGACUGAAAUGAAUUUUUCUAGCUAUUUAUCCCAUCUUUGAGUUAAGAACAUA